AUGACUGCCGCAGCCGAGGCGAACGCCGCUGCCACGCGACUGCUCUUUGGGGCAGAGUACGGCGACGCCAACGCAGAUGCCGGCCUCGCAAACCUCAUCACAUCGUACAAGCGGAAGGCUGAGUACUCGAACGUCGCUCAAUUACCAAAAUCACUCGAAGCAGCCGCAAACCCUACGAAAAGAACUAAGACGUCGAAACCGAAGCAGACAAACGGCACCUCGAAUGCGCUCGUCAUAUCGCAACGAAAAGAUGGCACAGCCAACGGUACACAAGGAGCGUCGUCGACAUCAUUAAUCAGAAGGCCGAACAUGAUACAGCAAAGGCCUGAGUGGCACCCUCCUUGGAAGUUGGCACGCGUAAUAUCAGGACACAUCGGCUGGGUCAGGGCACUCGCAGUCGAGCCAGAUAAUCAGUGGUUCGCAUCCGGCGCAGGCGACAGGACGAUCAAGAUCUGGGAUUUAGCAACCGGAAAUCUACGUCUAACACUGACCGGCCACAUCUCAUCAGUACGGGGUCUUGCAGUUUCACCACGACAUCCAUAUCUUUUCUCUUGCGGCGAAGACAAGAUGGUGAAAUGCUGGGAUCUGGAAACCAACAAAGUCAUCCGGCACUACCACGGCCAUCUAUCUGGUGUAUAUACCCUUGCACUACAUCCGAGGCUCGAUCUUCUUGUCACCGGCGGCAGAGACGGCGUAGCGCGAGUGUGGGAUAUGAGGACUCGUUCCAACAUACAUGUCCUCUCAGGGCACAAGCAAACCGUGACAGAUGUAAAAUGCCAGGAAGCGGAUCCUCAAGUGAUCACUUCAUCACUGGAUAGCACUGUUCGAAUGUGGGACCUCGCAGCUGGCAAGUCGAUGGGAGUGCUUACACACCACAAGAAGGGCGUACGCGCACUUGCUGUCCACGAGAAGGAAUUUACCUUCGCAUCUGCGUCCGCAGGCAGCAUCAAGCAGUGGCGUUGUCCCAAGGGCGAGUUCAUGCAGAAUUUUGAGGGUCACAACAGCAUCAUCAAUACCAUCUCCGUCAACAACGACAACGUGAUGUUCAGCGGCGGCGACAACGGAAGUGUGCACUUCUGGGAUUGGAAGACUGGCCAUUGCUUCCAGAAGACGGAGAGUGUGGCGCAGCCAGGCUCGCUAGACGCAGAAGCUGGAAUCAUGUGCAGCACAUUUGACAAGACCGGUUCAAGACUCAUCGUGGGAGAAGCGGACAAGACGAUCAAGGUCUGGAAACCAGACGACAACGCCACUCAGGAGAGUCAUCCUUUGGAUUGGCGCCCAACUAUGGGUCGCACAAAGUAUUGA